CGCCCCAGGUGAACCACCGCCCCGCUGAGCUGCCGCCUGGGCCGGGUGACCCCGGCGCCCCCCGCCAUGCCGGCCCCUGCCCAGCCCCGGCCAGCUGCAUGGUGAGCCCGCGGCCAGCCGGAGCCGCAGGGACGUGUCACGGGGUGCAGGACUUGCCGGGUGCCAGGGGAGCAGGGUCUGUCUGGCCCGGCCCACUGGCUCCAGUCAAUCAUUAACCGCGGCAAGGAGAUGGCUGAGAAAGACGGGGGCCCCACGGUGCCGUGCUGGUCGCUGCCCAAGGUUGUGGCUGUCGUGACUGGUGGUUUCCUGCUCUUAGCCGGCAUCGGAGCCAGCGUGUGGGCCAUUGUGACAUCUGUGCUGGGGAGCGACAGUGAAGGACUGUAUGGUGUCCAGGUCAGUUCGGCCGACCUCCGGCUCACACUGUACGAUGAGAGAGAGAGCAAAUGGCGCCUCAUCUGCUCCACCUCCUCCAAUGCCCUGGUGGCUGCGCUGAGCUGCGCAGAGAUGGGUUUCAUCAGGUCUCUCUGGCACUCGGAGCUGGAUGUGGAGCGCGCGGGCACCAAUGGGACAUCGGGAUAUUUCUGUGUGGACGAGUCUCGCCUGCCCCUGGCCCAGAGACUCAGUGAGGUCAUCUCCAUCUGUUUCAAGCUCAGCAGAGUGAACGUCACCUCUGCUACCUGCUUUCGACGCUCUGUCUCCCCAGAGGACGUCCAGCCCGUCUGCCUCCCGGCACUGGGGCAGCCCCUCCUGGACGGCAAGGUCUGCACUGUGACCGGCUGGGGCAACACCCAGUACUACGGGCAGCAGUCCGGCAUCCUGCAGGAGGCUUCCGUGCCCAUCAUCAGCACCGCUCUGUGCAACUCGCCUGAAUACUAUGGCAACCAGAUCCGCCCCCGCAUGUUCUGCGCUGGCUACGCUGAGGGUGGCACCGACGCCUGCCAGGGUGACAGCGGGGGUCCCUUUGUGUGUGAGGACGGCAUCUCCCGCACCCCGCGCUGGCGGCUCUGCGGCGUGGUCAGCUGGGGCACCGGUUGCGCCCUGCCCCAAAAGCCAGGGGUCUACACCAAGGUUGGCGCCUUCCACGACUGGAUCCACCAGGCCAUGAAGACUCACUCCCUGGCCAGCGGGAUCGUUUCCCAGCACUGACCCCUGCUGCCUAGGUUCCCGCACAAUGGAGUUACGCCACCCCACCGGCGCCAGCCCUCCCCUCGCCCCCCACGCCAGACAGACGCUGCCCCCUCCAUUCCAGCCACGACGGGCAGAUGUGCCUACAUGACCCACUGGACUUUGCGACCCGACAACCUUCGACCUCUGACCCCACAGUGCCUUGUCUGCAUUACUGGAAUGAGAGUGUGGGUGGGGGCUGGGAGGAAUGGGUCAGAUCCACCUAUUACAAUGCAGCGUGGCCCUUUAAGCCUCCACCCACCAAUGGUGGACUUGUAGAUCCACCUAUCAUAAUACAGCACCAGCCCCUUAAGAACCCACCUACCAAUGGGGGGGGUUUGCAGCGCCAGCCCUUUAAGCCUCCACCCACCAAUGGGUUCUUCUGCUAGAGCCCAGCAACUAAUAGCGCUGCUCCAUAGCUUGCUAGAGUUCUUCAUCCUGUGGCGGGGGAGGGGGCUGGAGAAGAGCUUCUCUUUGAUUGGUUAACAGUGGUGGGAGUGACUGCAUAGGCCACACCCUCUGCCACGCUUCAGCCAACCAGGGUGGAGCUGCCUGGCUUUAACCCCUGCAGUUCUGGGCAAGAGCAGGCCCAUCAGCCUGGGGCACCCCAGUGCCAGCAGCUCAGCCCUGCGGUUGGGGGAUUAGAUCCCGACCCACAGCCCUGGGAGGAACCAGGGCACAGCCCGGGGGGGCUGAGACAAAGCCCUGCACAGGGUGGAGUAGACCCUGACCCACAUCCUGGGAGCAAUCCCAAUACACAGCCCUGGGGGCUGCUGGACACCUGGGUCCAGAGCU